UAGCAAAAGAUGGUGGAUCGUUUGGCAAACAGUGAAGCAAACACUAGACGUAUAAAUAUAGUGGAAAACUGUUUUGGAGCGGCUGGUCAACCCUUAACCAUACCUGGAAGGGUUCUUAUUGGAGAAGGAGUAUUGACUAAACUGUGCAGAAAAAAGCCCAAAGCAAGGCAGUUUUUCUUAUUUAAUGAUAUUCUUGUAUAUGGCAAUAUUGUCAUCCAGAAGAAAAAAUAUAAUAAACAACAUAUUAUUCCCCUGGAAAAUGUCACUAUUGAUUCUAUCAAAGAUGAGGGAGACUUAAGAAAUGGAUGGCUUAUCAAGACACCAACUAAAUCAUUUGCAGUUUAUGCUGCCACUGCCACUGAGAAAUCAGAAUGGAUGAAUCACAUAAAUAAAUGUGUUACUGAUUUACUCUCCAAAAGUGGGAAGACACCCAGUAAUGAACAUGCUGCUGUCUGGGUUCCUGACUCUGAAGCAACUGUAUGUAUGCGUUGUCAGAAAGCAAAAUUUACACCUGUUAAUCGUCGUCACCAUUGCCGCAAAUGUGGUUUUGUUGUCUGUGGGCCCUGCUCAGAAAAGAGAUUUCUUCUUCCCAGCCAGUCCUCCAAGCCUGUGAGAAUUUGUGACUUCUGCUAUGACUUGCUUUCUACUGGGGACAUGGCUGCCUGCCAGCCUAACAGAUCAGACUCUUACAGCCAAUCAUUGAAGCCUCCUUUAAAUGAUGUAUCCGACGAUGACGAUGAUGAUGAUAGCAGUGACUAAGGACACAUUUUGAAAUAUUUAAUUGGGUAUGACUGUCUGAGAAAUCUACUUUGAGGGAAAUGUAAAAUUCUGAGCUCUCUCUCAAUUUCGCUCUAGCCAUGAAUUUGCCUGAGAAAUUUUUAACCUAUGUGCCUCAAUAUAUUCUAUAGAAAGUAGGUCCUCCUGCCUCCUCCCACCCCCACUCUUCUACAGGGAUAGACUAUUGCAAAUAUAUCAGAUAAAUUUUUGUUUUCUUAUUCUUGUUUAUUUCUAGAUUAUUUUCUUGGAAGAUUGGGAUAAGAUGUUUAUUUAACAGAUUGUGUACUACAUUGUUGUUUUUGUUUGUUAUAUGGAAAAACUAAAAGCAAAGAAUGGUGAAAAAAGGAGUACAGUGUGGUUAAUUAAUAGUAUUAGCUUUUUUCCUAACCAUCUUAUCUUAUA